AUGAAUAAAUCAUUACUACAAUCACCAAUCAAACCAUAACAUCGAAAGAUUAUUUCUUAAUAAUAAAGCAAUAGACCAUUUAGAUUAUUUGAUAAAAUGUCUCUUUUUACAAAGCAUAGAAUACCAUUAGUUGAAGAAAUUCCAUAAUUAAGUGAAAGAUAAUCAAGAAGAUUUAAAAAGUACUUUUCAACAACAAUAAGAAAUUCUAGCUGCAAUUGUAUUAAUUGUGGUAAGAACAAUUUAUUUAUAAAAAAGACAUUCCAGUUAUUUCCAUUCGAAAGCAAGUAAAUUGAAUUCAUUUUAUACAUAUUAGCUUUAAUCGAAGGAAGAGACUAUAUAAAAAGUUCAGAAAAUAUAUUCAUUGUGUUUUAUUCAUGAUUAGAUAUAAAAUUGUCUAAAAAAUAAGAGAUCGACAAAGAAAUAAAAUGAAAAAAGCCAUCAAUUAGAAUGUGCAUAUCCAUAAACCUUCUGCUGUAGCUAAUUUACUUGCUGAAGGAAUUAAGUAAUUGUUAUUAUUUAAAUUAAAGAUAAUUGAAACAACAAUAAUAACAUCAUAUUGAAGUAUUACAUGAACAUGAUUCAGAUGAAGAAUUUUAUCAAUUUAAACCUAAGAAUCAUUAGAAUCGUAAAUCCUUUGCACAUUUUCUAUCUUCUCCUAAGGGAUAAAAAAAGUUAGAAAGAGUCUAUUAUGUUAAAUAAGUCAAUAGACCUAUUAGUUAAUAUAUUGCAAAUCGUCCUAAACCAAAUACAACUCAAUGUUCUCCAAAAUCUAUCUUGCCAUAAUUGAGUUCUUUGUAUGAUUUCAAAAAUUCAAUCUCUGUCAGAUAAUUGAAAAAAUUCUGA